UGUAACCCUGGAAACAUUUGACAUUUGAGUUUUGUGUCAAUUCAUCGCUACUACCAAAAAGUGUCAUCUAUUAUAUUCUUAUCUUUACGUAGAAACUGCUGUUAUUUGCGAUAAUAGGCAGCAUUGUCAAAGCUAUGGAAACUUCUGUCUCUAAAGGAGGAACUGCAAUUCAAAAGCUUAUCGAAUCGCUAAUCAAAAAACGGGCAAACUUAAAGGACUGGAUACAAAAAGCAAAUGACUUCUACAGGGUUCGGGACUUGGAAAGUUUUGAAGAGCUCUUGCAAAAUGCAAUCACCCAUGGCUACAAGACUUAUGCGGGAUACAAGGAUGAUCUACUUAAAAUUUAUACGAUGCUUGCAGGUCACUUCGUGCGUCUUAUCAGCAAGUCGCUGGGAGGGCCGCACUCAGAGUGGCAGGCGAAAUUGUCGAGCAUUGUAUUGGCAAUGGAUGAGUUGAAAAUAGGACUUACAGAUGCUCAAUUUCUGUUGUGCCGCGGAUUUGCUCUAAUGGUGACCAACACACGGUUAGCCGAAGCAGACCAAUGCUUUGCAACCGUUCUCCAACGAAUACCACACAAUGUGGCGGCGCUCCUAGGACGUAGUUGCUUGGCAUACCAGCGCCAGGAUUAUCGUUUGGCGUUGGGCCACAUAAAAAGCGUAUUCUACAACUUCCCACAAGGACCCGCUGAUGUGCGCGUUGCCAUGGGUCACUGCUUUCUGAAAAUAGGCAACUUUGACAGUGCUCGUCGUGCCUUUGAGGUAGCAGUGUCCAGCAAUGGACAUAGUUUGAAUGCUCUGCUCGGCAUUGCCCACUUGAAGCUUCGCAAGCGGCAACAGGCGGCUACCAAGGAUGCCGUAAAUUUGCUAUGUGCCGCAUUUGAAAUGGACAGUCAACACCCUCUCGUGCUCACUUGGCUGGCCGUUCAUUUUUACUACUCCCACGACUAUGACAAGAUGAAAUCAGCGGCCGGAACUGCAUAUCGACUCACAGACAGUCCACAGCUGAAGGCACAAAACUGUUUUCAAAUUGCACGCGGUUUGCACGUGAAUCGGAACUAUGAAGACGCAUUUGCCUUUUAUCGAAAAGCAGUGACGCAUUCUCCCGCCGGCUAUGUGCUGCCCUAUCUGGGACUGGCACAAAUGUGCGUACGACUCAAUCGUCUUGAUGAGGCGGAAGUCGCAUUACGUACACUCCUGAGAGCGCUACCCGACCAGACGCAGGCAUUGCGCAUACUGGCUGCACUUUACGCUCAACGGGACGAUCCAGCUGCGCAGGACAUGGCAAUACAGUUGUUCAGAAAGGCACAGCGAGAGGAUGACUACUGCAGCCACCUGAGCUUGGCAGACAUCUAUCAACGCAAGCAACUUUGGCAAGACGCCAUCGAUUGCUACGACAAGGCAAUGAGCACCCAUCGACGUCUGCACAGCACACACAAUUUACCCAUUAAUUGGCUGAACAAUGUGGCUGCUCUUCAGAUGCAUUUGAACCAACCGAAAGCUGCGCUGCGUACUUUGGACAAAGCUCUGGCAAUGAGAGAUGAUGCGUCCCAAGAGCAUUGGCAGAGCAACAUGCUCACCCUGAGAUUUAACAGAGCACGUGUGCUGGAGGCGCUGCACUUGGAAGAACAGGCUGCCCAAAGCUACACUCAAUUGAUUUCCGAGUAUCCAAGUUAUUGCGACAGCUAUGUGCGAUUGGGCCACAUGGCCAACAAACGCAAUCUAAUCAACGCUUUCGAAAAUGCUGAAGUCCCCGACUUUGAUCUACCUGACGAAAUCUUAGAUAUGCUCACUCAGCAUUUGAAGAAAAGCAAAGGAUGCUAUAUGUCCAUUGCCGUGGCCAAUUUAUGUGUGAUCAAAGCGCAGAGACUUAAGGCAAUGGGGAAGGAUAUCACCGAAAAUGGAUAUUUAAAACAAGCGCUUUCGAUAUAUCAUACAGCUUUCCAAGCAAAUGAACGUAAUGUGUGGGCAGCAAAUGGACUUGGGGUUGUGCUGUGUAUAACCAACCAAAUGAAGCAGGGCCAGACAAUAUUCCGGAGAAUUGUCAAGUCGGGCAACAAAUGUCCCGAAGCAAUAUUAAAUUAUGCUAAUGUAGCUCUUGAGCUGAAUAAUUAUAAAAAGGCAAUUGCUAGAUAUUUGAAUUGUUUGCAAUUGCUACCACAAAACUAUCACGCCAGAGUGAUGCAUUUUCUGGCAAAAACUUAUUUUCAAACUGGACAGGUCACCGAGUCAAAGCAGUGGCUCCUUAAGGCUCGUCAUUUGGCACCCCAUAAAAUGAUGUUGCUUUAUAAUCUAUCCAUAACCAUCAAACAAGAAUGUGGCCUCGUAUUCGCCAGCAAAUCUCCUGAGACAGAAGAAUUCAAGCGAGCCAAGCGAGAUAUAAAGCAGGCCAAUCGCUUCUUUGAGUAUUUAGGUAACGUGGAUGAAUCCUUUCAUUUGGCCAAAAAGCUGGCGAGGAAAUGUAAGCUACUGCGAUUCCAUGAAUGGAAGAACGAAGAUAAUAAUAUUGAUGAGGAACCGGCUGUUAAACGUAGAAAAAAAGAGGAUAGAGAAAAGGAAAACUCAAAUUCUGCAGAAGAUUGGGAAGGAAACAAGAAGAACAAACAUGUGAAAGAAAUUGAGAUGGGAAAGUGUGAAGAAUAUAAUCAGAAAUCGUUAGAAAAAAUGUGUCGAAUGGAUGGAAAUGAAAACGCAACGGAAUGUAAGAACAGUGCAAAAUCUUUGAGAAAAUCAAAGGAAGGCAAAAAGAAACGCAAGAAUAAGACUGAUCUCAACGACAUGGACACUGAUUAAAUUAUUUAAGUAAUGAUUAAUGUUGCAGUAUUUCGUCGAAGUCACAAAUAAAGCAAUGACAUUAGAUGUCCAGCAAAUGUUGUCAUUUGCACUCAACCUCAACGCAUUCUUUGCAUUCCCC